UUCUGCACCGACACCAGCCCUACAGGGGGAGCUGGUGAGCUCGUACGAAGAAGAAUUGGUCCGAAGGUCACGCUGGAAGUGGUUCCGGUGUAUCAGUAGGGUCACCUGUCACCUCACAGAGAACCUCAACGACUUCAGAAUGCUGUUACGAAGGGUGUUGCAGAUUGGAGGGAUGACAGUGAAACACAGUAGGUCCAUCCACCACAGUCCUGUAUGGAGGAGUCCUCUCAUACCCAUAGUUGUGGAGCAGACGGGCAGAGGAGAAAGGGCGUAUGACAUCUAUUCUCGCCUCCUGAGAGAGAGAAUUAUUUGCGUAAUGGGUCCUAUCGAUGACUCUGUAGCCAGCCUGGUUAUUGCCCAGCUGCUCUUCCUCCAGUCAGAAAGCAACAACAAACCCAUCCACAUGUAUAUCAACAGCCCUGGCGGUGUGGUGACAGCAGGCCUGGCCAUUUAUGACACCAUGCAGUACAUCCUUAAUCCCAUCUCCACCUGGUGUGUUGGCCAGGCAGCCAGUAUGGGCAGCUUGCUCCUGGCAGCAGGAACGUCAGGCAUGAGGCAUUCACUGCCCAAUGCCCGCAUCAUGGUUCACCAGCCUUCAGGAGGAGCAAGGGGUCAGGCCACAGACAUCGCUAUUCAGGCGGAGGAGAUCCUGAAGCUGAAGAGACAGAUCAAUAACAUCUACGCCAAACACACAGGGCAGCCGCUGGAGACCAUUGAGAGCGUGAUGGAACGGGAUCGCUAUAUGAGCCCCAUGGAGGCGCAGGACUUUGGUAUCAUCGACCGAGUCUUGGUGCAUCCGCCCCAGGCAGGCCAGGAUGAGCCUGAGCUGGUGCAGAAAGAACCAGCGGCGGCAGCCAGUCCCUCCCCACAGCCGGAGACUCAAGCCCCUGAGCAGGCCUCCCCUGGGACAAAUCCCCCCUCCUCAUACAAACCUGAGCCAUGAAACCCACAUCACAGCUGUCUGGAUCUGAUACCUGACAGUUCCUGAGAACAAGGAUGAGCCUCCAUGGUGGGUUUCAUAUGUCUUAAGUGGCUUCUUUUUUUCCCCCUAAUCAACACUCUGCAGUCUCUACGCACACAGGCAUCGUGUGCAGUGAGCAGAAAGUGUUUCAACUUUGUAUCAAGCAAAUCCAAUACAGUACUGGUUCUCUCAAACUAUUUUGAGAUGUUGAUGCCCAUGGUUUAUAAUAAAGUGACGACUGAAAAGUAGUCCGUCAGAACACAGAACAGUAGUGAGUCAUCUUUUUGAAUCCAUUCACAAGUUGUUCAGUACUUGGCCGGGAGGGAAACUGUAGUAUUGCAGCUGAUGCUCAUGUUUGCAGAAUGAAAAGCAGCUAGAUUAGAUGCUUUACUGUACAUGAAUGAAUUAAGGGGGAGAGGAAUCCUGUUAAGACUGUGGAGCCACCUUGUUCUGUACCUCCUUGCUGCAGAGUGGAGAGGACCUGUAUGACCUGUAUUUGAUACCUCAUAUUUGUAAUAAAUACGAUAAUUUUGACCACAA